GCGCCGCCGGUUUCCAUGGUGACAGGCCUCGCCCGGUGGUUUCCGCUUCCUGUUCCUGGCUCUCACCUGAGUCAGUGCUGCCUAUCUGGGACGUUUGUUCUGCUUCACCAAUUCACCUACAUCGUGCAGUCUGUGAGUGAUUCAUGUUGAGUGUACAGCAACACUUGAAGUAUCAUCAUUUACAAACAGAAGAAAAGGUCAAGGGUUGAUAAUGUCAGAAACCAACCAAGAACUGGUGGACUUGGUGUGGGGUAAGAAGAACAGCAAAGGCCUUGCGGAUACCAUCUUCAGAAGAUGGAUGCAAGGAUUUGUCUUCAGUGACUCUGAACCAACAGCAUUAGAGCAGUUUGAAGGUGGACCUUGUGCUGUAAUUGCACCAGUACAGGCGUUUCUGCUGAAGAAUCACUUGUUUAAUAUUGAGAAACCUAACUGGAGGAUUUGCCAAGAGGAUGAGCAGAAAAACGCUCUGUGCCAAACCUUGACUGAUAUUAUGGAAAUGUCAAAUUGUAGCAAUUCCAGCACAUAUUGCUUGGCAACUUGGCAUAAGGGAAAGAGCAACCAGGAGACUGAAAGGGAAGUCCGUGCCGAAUCAAGUCAACCAGAGGAACAGCCAACUGCCUUGGCUGCAGAGGAGCUUGGCUUUGAGCGAUUUCAUGCAUUAAUUCAAAAACAGACUUUCCAAAGUGCUGAUGAACUAAAGGAAGCAAUUUGGCAUGAGUAUUCAACCUGGAGAAACAAGUGUGGCGUUCUACUUUUCCUGUACUCUGUCAUUCUCACAAAGGGAAUUGAAAAUGUAAAAAAUGAAAUUGAAGAUUCUCAAGAGCCUUUGAUAGAUCCUGUUUAUGGUCACGGCAGUCAAAGCUUAAUCAACCUGCUGCUUACUGGACAUGCCGUUUCCAACGUAUGGGAUGGAGACCGGGAAUGCUCAGGGAUGAAACUCCUUGGUAUUCAUAGUCAAGCAAACGUGGGCUUCCUGACAUUAAUGGAGUCCUUACGAUACUGUAAGGUUGGUUCUUACUUAAAAUCUCCAAAAUUUCCUAUCUGGGUUAUUGGAAGUGAAACUCACCUAACAGUGUUUUUUACAAAGGAGCAGUCUCUUGUUGCUCCUGAAUCCCAAUCUGACCAAGCAAAAAGGAUUUUUCAAACAUACGACCCAGAAGAAAACGGCUUUAUUCCUGAUGCACUACUAGAAGAUGUCAUGAAGGCAUUGGACCUUGUAUCUGACCCAGAGUACGUAAACCUCAUGAAGACCAAAUUAGACCCAGAAGGGCUCGGGAUCAUAUUACUUGGCCCGUUUCUGCAGGAAUUUUUCCCUGAGCAGGGAUCAAAGGUUCCAGAGUCCUUUAAUGUAUAUCAUUACAAUGGAUUAAGACAGUCUAAUCAUAAUGAGAAGGUCACUUAUAUUGAAGGUUCGGCAGUCAUGGGCUUUGGAGACCCAAGGGUACAGACUGAUGAUACACCAAUUAAAAAGUGUCUACAAACCAAAUGGCCGUUUGUAGAGUUGCUGUGGUCUACAGAUAGACCUCCAUCAUUAAACUGAGCCCACCAUUUUGUCCAAGCGUUCUCUAAUGCUUUGACAUUUAAACAUUUACUAUUUACAGGAAAAUCUUCUCUUAAUAAGGGGUAAAAGUGUUACUUCAUGUAAUAAAGAUGUAUAUACAGUGCAUAUAAACCUUUUACAUUGAAAACAAAUCCAACCAUUAAUCAAACACUUAUUAGCCACUACAUACUGAACUACUUGUAUAUUUCAUAUAUUCUCCGCAUUACAAAGGCCGGGUUAUUCACUAAACCACAUAUGGUCGGGAAUUUGAAAUAGCUUUUUUGGAGAAUUUUUUCAGUUUCCAAUUUUGACCCAGUUAAAACCUGACAAUUCAUAGCUUAGUAAAUAACCCCAAAUGUGUUUCAGUAACGUAAUAAAGGGACUAUGUAUUGUUUAACGUAUGGCAUCACUCCUAAACUUUAAUAUAAAGAAGACUAUAUACUUAAGUUAUACUUAAUGGAAAAAUGUGAUGUCAGUAUUCAAAUCUGAGAGGGGGAAGGGGGACCACAUCAGCCUAGAGCAGGGGUAGGCAACCUUCGGC